GCUGAAAGGCUGAAGCCACAAUAGCCAGAUAGCACAAAAGAGCGCUGCCCUAAGGUGGAUCGCUUCUGUGGCAUUAUUUCGACAUCUAAUGCUGGGGUGAUAUUCAACCACCUUUGUCUUUGCCUGGAUCUUAUUCCAUUCCAGUUUCAGCACGCUACACUCACUUACAUGUUGCUAUUGCUAUUUUUACUCCCUUGUUUAGGCUUGGGUGCUACUGCUGAGACGGUGCUGCUUUCUGUGCCAAUAGCCUCAAAUGCACGGCCGUUAGAUCACAUGGUAGGCUCUGAGUCAAUCUUGUCCGAUAUUUCCAACCUCUUCCGAGGGGAAUACCAGCUGGGAGCUAGAACUAUAAAUAGUUACGGCCCUGAAGACUCUGAAUCGGAAGACAUGGCCGGAUCUGACUCGGAAUCUGAGGCAGAUGAUGAUUCGGAUUCCGACAAUGACGAAUGGAAUGCUUAUGCAGCAACUGUGAAUGAGACAGUGGCGAUGAACGAAGAACCUAAAGUGGAGUCGGCCAAGCUCAGGAUCGAGAUCCACCGCCCGGUCCAGUUUGGCUGGUCCAGUGACGAUGAUGAGGAAAAAACUUUGAUGCGUGUGUUACUGACGGAGAAGCCAUUGGGUGUUUCUAGCACCAGUUUGCACUAUCUGAUGGAGCUAGACUUAGGAGGUUCCAAAAGCUGUGGGGAUUCUUGCGGAGAUGACAGUUGUGGAGAUGACAGUUGUGGAGAUGACAGUUGUGGAGAUGACAGUUGUGGAGAUGACAGUUGUGGAGAUGACAGUUGUGGAGGAUGCAACGAGUCUAGCAAGAAGAGAUUUUUUUGGGUUUUUUCCGAAGAGGUAGCUGAGACUGUCUCCCCUGGACCAUUGAAAUCCGAAGCUUUGGAGAAACAGGAGCUAGCGAUCGAUCUUAUGGAUUGUGGCCAUGUUUCCGACUCUGACGGUUGUGGCCACAGCAAGGACGAGUGCGGUGGCUGCCCAUCACACGGAUGGUGGCCAUUCAGAGCUAACUCAAGCACGAUGUUGAGGGCAGUCAGAUCGAACUUUACGAACGUUACAAACGUGACGGUAUUGGUGUCUGAGUCCCCGGAUGAUGAUUAUGACAGCUCGGGGGACCUUUCGUUUGUCUUCUCUCUGCAUAACGCGUUUCUCAGCAUGUUUUUCAUCGGUAUUUUGCUCAAUCUCUGAGCCAAGUUUGUAUCUCGGAGAAGUAGAUAAAUUGAGUUUUCUAGGCCUAUUUCCUUAUUUAUUUAGGAAAAGACGGUAUAUUAAUAUUUCUGUAUACCGUGGAUGCUAUCUCCCGGGUUCAACUCUAUACUAAUACUUUAAGCAACUGGGGCUCAUAUCGACAAAAACGUGAGCACCACGGAACCUUGCUAGCGAAGACUAAAAUAAGUAUUUCC